ACAGCAUAUACUCAGCAGAGAACAGAGAAAGAAGAAAGAAGACAGAGAAAAUAGUGGAAGAGAGAGAGUGAGAACGAAGGAGAAGAUCGGAGUGGAAAGAUCGAUCGCUUUGCUUUUUCGAGGUGGCGACGACAAACCCAGAAGAGGAGACUCUGAGCGGAAGGCUCCAUUUGUUUUUGUCGUCAUUGUUUUCCAACCUUGGAGGAGUUUUCGGGCAGAUUCAAGACUCAGAGAUGGCAUCAAGGGCUAUCGUUCAACAGAAUCCGAGAGCAUGAAUUUCUCAUGGAAAUUUGCAGACGCAGCAGUUGCUGGAGUAGGGAGGCAGAAGAACGCUGCUGCAGAGGGAAAGAACCGACGGGCACUUGAAGAUGUAAGCAAUUUGGGGGUUACAAAUAGGGGUUUGGAAGGGAAGCCUCUUCAACAGAUCACUCGCCCUGUGACAAGGAGUUUCUGUGCACAAUUACUUGCUAAUGCACAGGCCGCAGCACAGAAUGAUCAGAAGCCAACUGCAGUAGUUGUUGAUGGGGUAGUGAUUAUUGAUGCUGAUGUUGCAAAGGGAGUUGGUGCAGCAAAGGCAGCUCAAAAGAAAGUGACUGUGAAGCCAUUACCUGAUACAGUAAUCGAGAUUAGUCCUGAUACAGUGGAGGAGAUCAAACCCAAAAAGCUAGAAAACAGGAGAAAAUCUAGGGAAGGUUCAUCAGGAAAGAAAGUGAAGACCCUCACAGCAACCCUAACUGCUCGGAGCAAGGUUGCUUGUGGGUUAACUGCUAAACCCAAGGACCCAAUUGUUGACAUUGAUGCAGCAGAUGUUAAUGAUCAGUUAGCAGUAGUUGAGUAUGUUGAAGACAUCUACCAGUUUUAUAAACUCACUGAGCAUGAAAGUAAAGUUCAUGACUACAUAGUGUCACAGCCUGGCAUAGAUGAGAGGAUGAGGGAGAUUCUUGCAGAUUGGUUGAUAGAAGUUCAUCAUAAGUUUGAAUUGAUGCCUGAAACAUUGUUUCUUACCCUUCACAUUGUGGACCGAUUCCUUUCCCUGAAGACUGUCCCAAGGAGGGAAUUGCAGCUGGUUGGCAUAGGUGCCAUGCUCAUAUCGAGCAAAUAUGAAGAGAUUUGGGCUCCAGAGGUCAAUGACUUUAUUAUCAUUUCAGAUAAAGCGUACACUAGAGAAGAGAUAUUGGGGAUGGAGAAGGCAAUAUUGGGCAGACUUGAAUGGAGCUUGACAUUUCCAACACCUUAUGUCUUCCUUGUGAGAUUUAUCAAGGCUGCUGGGUCUGAUCAGGAGAUGGAAAACAUGGUCUUCUUUCUUGCUGAGCUUGGUCUGAUGCGUUAUGCAAGUAUUAUGUAUUGUCCAUCAAUGGUAGCAGCUUCAGCAGUCUAUGCUGCUAGAUGCACACUGAGCAAGACCCCUCUGUGGAGUGAAACACUUAAAUUGCAUACUGGUUACACUGAAGCACAGCUUAUGGAGUGUGCAAAGCUAUUAGUUAGCUUCCACUCAUCGGCAGCAGAGAGCAAGCUGAAAGGGGUUUACAAGAAAUAUUCAAGUCCACAACGCAGAGCUGUUGCUCUGUUUCCUCCAGCCAAGAAUCUCACAAUGUCCAUUGUGUAAAAAAUCAGCUGUGUCCCUUUUGUAACUAUCUAUCACAACCAUCUCUAGUUGUGAUUUGCUAUUUUGUAAGACAUCAUAUCUGAAGUAAUUCUGAUAUUUUUGCA